GUGCUGUCGACGUCUCCUACCAAAGGGCCAACUCCCGCAGACUCACCCAGCCGCUGCAUCACGACCUCUCGUUAGCAGUCACUCCUUGCCGAGCAGCCCUCGGUGAUCAUGAACAGCCUGGUAGCCACACCGCCUGUUCCUCCUCACUUUUACGAGACUACUUGUCGCUCUGCAUCAUAUUCCAUGUCAUCGACCAACGCCUCAGUGAACCGGAAGAGAAAGGCUGAAGAUGACAGCCCCCCGAGCGACGAUACUCGCAUGUCUGCCUCGCCCUCAGGGUCUCCUGCCCUCCAUCCACGGCCGUUAGCUCCCCGUCACCUCAAACGACCACGGCCGAACGUUUCAGGCCGGCCGCUGUCUCUCCCUCGGUUAAUGGAGACGCUCGACACAGAUGCUCUGCGGUCGGUGUUGAGGUCGCUCUGUGAUCGUCAUCCAGAGAUUGCCUCUGAGGUCAUGCACACUGCCCCUCGGCCCAGCGUCAGCGCCGCCCUCGAAGUCCUUAACAACUACCAGUCCACGCUGCAGUCCUCUUUCCCGCUGGGCGGGAACCCUUCCUCCGACUACGCAUACAAUCGAGUCCGCCAGCAUCUUACCAACCUCCUUGAAGCCCUGAACGACUUUACACCCCAUUUUCUCCCGCCAAAUGAAUCGCAACCGUCAACAUCACUAAGUUACCUGGACGGUGCUACAGAUAUCAUACAUCAACUUCCGCGGUGGACGACGCCACAACACAAUCUUGAGAAGUAUGCAGCGUAUGAAGAGAUGAGCAAAGCAUGGUGUCUAGUAAUCAGGGAGGCAGCAAAGCGUGGAGGCGGUAUCCAACUGCAGUACGGAGGCUGGGAUCAAAAGCUUGCAAAGCACAACGAGACCGCCGGAGGAAAACUCCAGGACGCCGUGAAUGAAUUGAACCAGAGCCUUGGCUGGAUCGGUGGCAACGUGGGCAACCCGUGCAAUUCCAACGCCGGCAGCUCUCAAGGCGACAUGUCGUCAAUACGUCAACAGCUCAUGUCAGGCACUUACGGAGCUGGCCUGCCGUUGAAGGUCGGGCCAUGGUAAUCCUACUCAAUUCAUCUCACCCUCCUUUUACGGACUGAGGCCCUUCCAUUCCUCCCAAUGGCGUUGCUUUCCACCAUUUGCCUCCCCCCUUGCGUCGUGAAAGCAGACAACGUUUUGAGCAACCUUUUAAUGAAACGAUUACGAUACCCAUCUGUUAAAUACUAGAUCGAGUUUUUUCAUCUGCUCUGUGGAUACAUACAUCUUUUUUCCGCGUCCCACCCAGCCUUCAUACAUGUGGCAAUGGCUUGCUAUAACUUUAUUUUCCGGAUAACUAUAACUGAUGGCCCCUUUUUCUUCCUUUUCCUUUUUACCGCAUCUUCCAAAUACACUCUAGUUACCCGUUUCCACCAUCCUACAUUUCCUUUGCCUUCUAACGGUCUCACGAUACUCAUUCAUACUAUCUGUUUUCUUAUCACAUUUUCUUGGGUGCUUAUCUCUGGGGAGGCUUUCUCAUUUUUCUCAUAAUUUUCCUU